GCCCGCAGAAUCCCGUGGUGCUGGGUGGGUGUCAGCUGGACCUCAUGGGCCAUGGCCUGCGGUGCAUGGGCCCCCCGGCCACCCCCACCGCCGCCAAACGGACGGACGCGACCACGGCCUCGAGCAAUAGAACCCCUGUCCUCUGCGUCGCACUCUGCGGUAGAGGCUCCGGCCAGGCUCAACGAAAGACCACAUACACAUGAUGGUGUUCUCGCAGACAAAGAGGCUGCGGAAGAAGGAGAAACAGAGAGGCCAGAGCGCUUCAGUUGCAGCUCCUGUGGCAAGCUCCGGCUGAAGCUGGAACAUGCUGAACGUGCCAGGGUCAAGGCUCAAGAGCAACUGGUACGCAUUCAGCAGGAGAAUGUCAGGAUGCGGCAAACAUCAGGCUACGCAGGAGGCGAAUCCGGCGGAGUGGCAGCUGAUGAGGAAGUGGCAAGGACUUUGGAGAGCUAUCGAAGAGAGGUGGCUUUCUUGAAGCAAUCCUUGGCCGAGCAGAAAGAACUUGAGGUACAGCUUCGCGAGGAGCUUCAACGCCUGCGUCACGAACACGCAGAGCGCAUGGAGCAGGUGCAAGGGCAAAUGGCGACCCUUCUGCUUGACCUUACGGAGGCCGAAGCUGGAUCCAAGUGACUUGCGCUGGAAAAGAGUCGCAUGCUGUAUUUCGUGUUCAAUGACCAGCUGAGGCAUGUGGAGCCUAAACUGAGAGAUGUAUACACAUAUACAUUUUUACUUUGAGAUGGUCU